AUGACUUCCUCUACCUCCCGCCUCGAAGACCUACCCACGGAGAUUUUCGACCACAUCUUAGGCUAUGUUCUCUGUCCGCAGACCACGCUGGAACAGGGCAGGUUUUUCCGUCGAUAUCAUAUUAGCACUGCCAUCCUUCCAGUCAACAAGGCCAUCUAUGCGCUUGCCAAACGCUACCUACACUACUCCAUCUCGUGGAUCCGCCUAGAUCUCGAUUGGGAUACAUUUGCGAUUGAUCCGUUAUGUAUGCGCAUACCAUACAUCUUAAUCGAUCUCAAGGAACCGAAAAAGAAGAUUCCAGACGUCUUCAGCGGCGACCCUGGGUACCGAUCAGUCGAGCAAGACGUUCCCCAAGGUCGCAUUCACGCGCGCAUCAUCUUCCCAUCCACUGAAACCGCAACACAGAGGAAGAUGAGGACAGUGUACCCUAACUUGCGAGGCCAACCGUACAUGCGCGUACUCGUGCUUGAGGAAGAUUUGAAGCUGUACCUUGCCUGUGUCCGUACAAACGACCUUGCAUACUGCGACCGCAACCCGUCACGUGAGAGCUCGCAGAUGGCGAUUGGCCACCACGGAAUUUCAUUCGACAUUCGCGUCACUCAACAUCAGCAGACCACGAAAUACAAACACCUCAUCGACGAAUUCAAGAUAUUCUCCGGCCUCUAUCAUCAAUGUACAAUUCUGGGACACGAGGACCGGGCGCAUGCUUCACAUGCUGUGGAGAGCAUCCAGUUAUCAAAACGCAUAUCGAACGGCCAGCUGAAUAUCUCGGAACAUAGGUCAGAGACGGAGUUAGAGGCUGUUUCCCGCAUCCUGAAGCUCAAGUUGCAGCCUAUGAAGUGGGCAAUCCACGAGACACGUCUCCCCGAAGGUCUUCGGUCGAGGAUGGAAAAAAUGCCUAAAGCACACGUCGAGAAGGGUAAAAUGGUGAUGGAAUCGCAGGCCUUUGUGGUACAUAUUCCGGGGUUCAACCAGCCUAGCGACAUCGGCAAUGAUGCUACCGAAGCGGGGGUAAGGUACUUGAUCUAG